AUGUUAGCGAUCUUUUUACUCGUAUUGUGUUGUCUAGUUGGCAGAAAUGUCAGUGCUUUUGUUUUGACACGCUCUAAUCUAUCGCUACUGUACUCUUCUGAUCAGACAUGGUUCGUCCAUUUCACAAGACAAAAGCCACUAUCAACUCAUGCAGUGUCGUUCGACGCAUCAUGGGCAGCAGCUCUUUUGAGUAGGCCGUCACUUCUAACUGCUGUUGUGUUUUGUGACAAUGAUCCAGUGCUAUGCCGACAACUCGGCGUGUUCACAUAUCCGGAAGUUCGUGUAGUACGCAACGGUGACUGGCAGCAGAAGACGCUUCGGUUCCAACCGUUGACUGAAUCUUCUGCUCAGCGUUUCAUCGACCAGUCAACACAAUUACAUUUUGACCAGGAUAGUUCAUGGGAACAGCCCACAGACUCACUUAGAUCUGCAGUGGCGUUGAAUGAGAUUGAUCUCGCAGACAAUCUCGCUCAUAAACCCUAUACUCCCACUUUGUUGAUGUUGUUUUCAAAAAAACAGUCGAGUGAUUGCUUUCAGUGGCUGCCCAUACUCACCAACAUAGCUCGCAACACGAUGGAGAGUGUUGAGGAUGCUGCUUUAAUGUUUUCGCACCGCGCAUUACGGGACAGCGACCUUGAGGAAGUCGAACGUCUCUAUCCAGUGUUCUUCUUGUACGCUUAUGAUUAUGCAACUACUACUGAGGACUUCGAGGCUGUUAAGCGUUGGAUGCUGGAACUUACUGGUUUCGCGCCCUUGUUCUUUGUAUCAUCUAAGAGCAUAAAUGAGCGUUACAAAAUUACUUCUCUGCCAUCUCUUGUUGCUGUUCGCGAUGGUAUACCAAUAACAUUUGGUUCCCGCAAACCUGGAGAUCUCAGAAACUUCAAAACCGUACUGCCAUGGUUGCGCCAAUACUCACGGCCCCUCUUGUCUGAGUUUUCCGUGGAGAACUGUAACGGUGCACAAGGUACCGAGUUUUCACGUGGUAAAGACCUUGCUGUGUUUAUGUUUCUUCAUCCUGAUUCGGACUCGUACAUGGAAUCGCGGCACAACUUCCGCAACAUUGCUCGCGGCUGGAUGGAGCACAAUAUCCAACAGAGUCAGGAGGAAUUGGCCGAAGUCCGGCGUCAAAAAUACGCUGCCAUAGAGAGUGCUAAAUCACGGGGGAAUAAACGGUUGGUGAACAGGCUCAGGACAACACCUAUCAGUGUUCCCCAACCUCAGGAACGAGUUUUAUUUGCUUGGAUGGAUCAUUCCUAUCACCAGGAGUGGGUGGAGAAAAUCUUUGGUGAAUCGUUGCCUACGACUCUUCAGCCCCUUGUGCGCAUAGUCAAUCUCCAUACGAACCGUUACUAUGCUCCGGAUUUCACGGAUGAACUUUCCGAGCAUGGUUCUCUUAACGCUACUUCUUUUUACGAACUUUUAGUCUUACUACUUGAGAACCCAAUGUCGCUUCCGUCAUAUCCGUUAACUGGAAACGGGUUGUGUUCUUCCUCACACAGUUGGCUUGGCAAUACACUAAGCCAUUCUUGGCUCUUGGCCCAUGUGUUUUUGGUAUCGCUGAUGGCACUUGUGAUAUUUCUUGUUCCUUUCAUUGUAUUCCUUAUACGUCGGAAUGUUCUUCGAAAGUCAACUCGCCGUCAGUUUUUGAUAAAUAUUUUUGAAGGAGAUAAUAUCCUUCCUAAGGAUGAUUGA